CUGGCUGCGCUCCGCGGCAGAGCGGGGCUGCGGGAGGAGCCGCGGGAGGAGCCGCGCUCGGCCGCUUUGUGCCGGCAGCCGCCGCAGGACGGCCGCAAAGCCAUGGAAGAGUUAAUAGUUGAGCUGCGCCUGUUUCUUGAACUUCUGGACCAUGAAUAUCUAACUUCCACUGUCAGGGAGAAGAAGGCAGUAAUAACUAACAUUCUCCUGAGGAUACAGUCAUCAAAAGGUUUAGAAAUAAAAGAACAUGUCCAGAAGCAAGAAGUUGCCAACAGUUUGCCGGCGCCUCCUCAAAUGCCUCUGCCAGAAAUACCUCAGCAGUGGCUGCCACCAGACAAUGGGCCUCCACCACUGCCGACCUCCUCCCUUCCUGAAGGCUAUUAUGAAGAGGCAGUGCCACUUAGUCCCGGGAAGGCUCCUGAGUACAUCACUUCCAAUUAUGACUCAGAUGCCAUGAGCAGCUCUUAUGAAUCCUACGAUGAAGAGGAGGAGGAUGGAAAGGGGAAGAAAAUGAGACAUCAGUGGCCUUCUGAGGAAGCCUCUAUGGAUCUGGUGAAGGAUGCCAAAAUCUGUGCCUUCCUUCUUAGAAAAAAACGAUUUGGGCAAUGGACCAAACUACUGUGUGUUAUCAAAGAAAACAAACUACUGUGUUACAAAAGCUCCAAGGACCAGCAGCCCCAGAUGGAGCUGUUCCUGAAUGACUGCAGUAUCACCUAUAUUCCCAAAGACAGCAAAAAGAAGAAGCAUGAGCUGAAAAUCUCUCACCAGGGAGCAGAUGCCCUGGUUCUGGCAGUGCAGAGCAAAGAGCAGGCAGAACAAUGGCUAAAGGUUAUAAAAGAUGUGUGCAGCAACUGCACGGGAGCUGUAGACUCUGAUGGGCCAUUGUCUAGUUCUCCAGUACACAAAGUGGAGCUGGAAAAGAAGCUGUCAUUUGAGAGGCCAAGCUCAGACGGGGAAGGUGCUGUGGAGAAUGGCAUCACUACUGUGUGCAAUGGUAAAGAGCAAGUGAAGAGGAAAAAAAGUUCGAAAACGGAAGCCAAGGGCACUGUGACUAAAGUAACAGGGAAAAAAAUAACAAAGAUCAUUGGUUUAGGAAAGAAAAAGCCAUCAACAGAUGAACAGACCUCAUCAGCUGAAGAAGAUGUUCCAACAUGUGGAUAUCUCAACGUGCUCUCUAAUAACCGCUGGCGCGAGCGCUGGUGCAGAGUGAAGGACAAUAAGCUCAUUUUCCACAAGGACAGGACAGACCUGAAGACACACAUUGUUUCCAUCCCACUCCGAGGCUGUGAGGUCAUCCUGGGGCUGGAUUCGAAGCAUCCCCUGACCUUCCGCCUGCUCCGGAACGGGCAGGAGGUCGCUGUGCUUGAGGCCUCCUCCUCAGAAGACAUGGGCAGAUGGAUUGGAAUUCUGCUGGCAGAAACGGGGUCUUCAACAGACCCAGGGGCUCUGCACUACGACUACAUCGACGUGGAAAUGACGGCAAGCGUCAUCCAGGCUGCCAAGCAGACCUUCUGUUUCAUGAACAGGCGGGUGAUAUCCACGAGCCCGUACCGGGGGAGCGCUGCCAACGGCUACGCCUGCCCCAGCGGGAUGGCCCUCCACUACGACGAUGUUCCCUGCAUCAACGGAUCGUGGGAACCAGAAGAUGGCUUUCCUUCUUCUCGUAGCAGGAACAUUGGAGAAGAAAUGCUUUAUGAUAACGCAGGCCUGUACGAUAACUUGCCGUCUCCAAAAAUCUUUGCGCGCUAUCCGCCAGCUGACAGGAAAGCCAAUAGGUUAUCUGCUGACAAACUCUCCUCUAACCAUUACAAACACCCUGUCUCAUCCAAUCUGUCUUCUGCUCAGUCUGUCACUAAUACCUCUGCUGUGGGGAGGGGAUCUGGCUCGCAGUUUAAAGGCAAGAAGCCUCCUGUGACUGCUAAUGGGAUCGCCGGAAAAGCGAGGACUUUAAACAGCCAGCCCAAGAAAUCCGAGACGGUUUCCUGUGUGAAGCGCACGGCAUCCAAUGCAGAGCAGUACAAAUAUGGCAAGAAUCGUGUGGAGGCAGAUGCAAAGAAGUUACAAAGCAAAGAAGAGGAGCUGCUGAAGAAAAAAGAGGCCCUUCGGAACAGGCUGGCCCAGCUCCGGAAAGAAAGGAAGGAUCUGCGUGCUGCCAUUGAAGUCAAUGCUGGCAGGAAGACCCAAGUGAUUCUCGAAGACAAGUUAAAGAAGCUGGAAGAGGAAUGUAAGCAGAAGGAGGCUGAGCGUGUAAAUCUGGAGCUGGAACUGACUGAGGUGAAGGAGAGCCUUAAGAAAGCCUUGGCUGGUGGCAUCACACUGGGCUUGGCUAUUGAGCCCAAAUCAGGGACAUCAAGUCCACAGUCUCCCAUUUUCAAGCACCGAACUUUGGAAAACUCUCCCAUCUCCAGCUGUGAUACCAGUGAUACUGAGUGCUCCAUCCCUGUGAACAGUGCAGCAGCUCUGAAAAGACCUCCCUCAUCAAACAGCUCUCCAUGUCGGGGCCAUGUCCUUCGAAAAGCAAAGGAAUGGGAGAUGAAAAAUGGAACAUAAACAUAACAAAGCCAGUCACUUUCCAUAAAAGCCUUACCUACUACAGACCAAGACUUAGGCUGCAAAGGACUCACCUGGAAGGUCACAUCAAGUGAUAAAACAUGAGAAGUUUUAUAACUCUGUUAAGUUAAUGGUAGCUUGGCGCUAAUUUGCCUGUAUUCCCUCUACUGUAUUGCUGUGUAACUACGUGUGCCCCUUUUUAUUAGCUGUAACUCCUUGUUUCCAACUUCACUGGUAGAAAAAAUGAAAACCAAAAAAAAACCCAACCAUAGGAACUAAAAAGGAGCAUAAAGUCACAGUUGCAAGUUUACUUUGCUGAAGCAGCAAAGAGCCAGCAAUGUUAAUUACAGUGCAUCAGACAGCUGGAACACUGCUGAAGACUGGUGGGAAAUCCUGACUCCUGCAGGUUAAAACUGCCUCUGGAACUGUGCCACAGAGCAGGUCUAACUCAUCAGCAGAGGCUUUGCUGGUGGC